AUGGCGCAGCCCGCGCUGCCUGCAUGGCACCUGCAAAAGCAGCCUCUGCUUCGGGCGCAGGUGGCUGCAAAGACAUCGAGCCCCUGUUUUCCAUCUGCCCGGUUCUCUGGCUCGGCGGUGCUCGCAACCUUCGCUGCCCAGCUGGCACUUCGGCGAUGUGCGAAGGACAGGAUUCCCAGGAGGAGCGAGUCAAAGAUACAGCGUGCCGCGGCAGAUUUCAGUCAGAACAAGAUGCUGCAUGCCAUGCUUCACAUUCGCGACCUCGAUGACUCGCUGGCAUUCUACGAGGCUUUGGGACUUCGCACGUUGUCCUGCAAUCGACGUCCAAGCGGUGGCGGCACUGCCUUUGUGGGCGCGGGUGAGCUCCGCGACAAGGAAAACUUCGCUUUGGAGCUAGCGUCCGCGAAGGAUCCGGAGAAGCCACUGCAGCAAGGAGGUUUCCAAGGCCUCGUUAUUUCGGGAGACCCUGGGGAGACGGUUGACCCAAAUGGCUACCCGAUGUCCUUCUCGGAGGGCCGGCAGAAAGGCUCCGUUCUGUCUUUGAGGCUACAGACAAGCAACCUGCGGAAUGCUACCGAUUUUUACGAGCAGCUGGGCAUGAAGGUGAUCGACGAAGAUGCUGGUACGGCUUCUCUUGCCUUUGCUUCUGGCCCGCAAACUAUGCUGACCCUCACGCAGACUGCCAGCGAAGUCGGAUCCUCUACAGGAUAUGACCAUCUGGUGGUUUCGACCGAGGAUGUUGAAGACGCGACGUCCACACUGGAAUCGAGGGGGGUGAAGGUUCUGAUGCCCCCCACGAAAAUGUUCGGGAUGAACAUUGCUGGAUUUGCAGACUGUGAUGGGUACAAGAUAUAUCUUGUCAAGGACAGUGCCUUCCAACAGAACUGA